CGUUGUGCAGCGGAGAAAGGAGAGACUGCUGAGGAGGAGAGGCAGAGCGCCGCGGACCCACAGACACGUCCCACGCCACCGCCACAGCCAGACGCACGCAGAGAAGGAGGGGGGAACUUUGAUUUUGACCACAAGUCCAUCCUCAGCGACAUGACGAGGAAGGGGAAGAGAUCUGCGUUUGUUGUUGCGGGCUCCAGAUCCGCGCGCAGCAUAUGAUGCCCUUGGACUCGUGUUGUCAGUGACCAUUUGGCUCUCAUUUGUCUGGUUUCUCUCAUGGUGUCGCGUUGUUGUGCCCGCUGCACUUUGGCCAGCUGCAUGUAUGUGAAGGUACUUUGAACGCACUCAAACCAACACGCCACGUUUGGGAUUUCCAGCCGUGAUGUCUGCCACAUUUCGUUCUUUGUUUCUGGUGCUAUUGUGCUCGCUGUCAGCGGACGCCCAGAUAGAGAUGAAGAAGGUCGUCGGGGACAACGCCACCUUACCGUGUCACCAUCAGUUGCCAUCAUCCAACUCUCUCGACAUUGAGUGGCUGCUGCAGAAACCCAACUCCAAGCAAAAAGUGAUCAUCACGUUCUUUGGAGGAGAAAUAUACACAAACGAGGAGUACAGCCGUCUGUCCUUUGCGGGGGAGUAUUUGGGAGGAGACGCCUCUCUGCUCAUCAGUGACCUGCUGCUCAGUGACUCUGGAGAGUACAACUGUAAAGUCAAGACCGGAGGGAAGUACCACUGGAGCCAAAUCAACCUCAUUGUACUGGUGAAGCCCUCAAAGCCCAAAUGCUGGAUGGAUGGCAAACUCCUGGAGGGCAGUGAUGUCAAACUGGGCUGCAAGUCCAGCGACGGUUCAGAUCCCAUCAGCUACAAGUGGGAGCGAGUCCUGGACAAAGGCAAGAGUCUGGGAAAGCUGCCAAACCUGGCUCUGAUAGAUCUAAAAAAUCCUGAGAUCGUCACUUUGAGAAACCUGACUAUGGACAGCACAGGUGUCUACAGGUGCACAGCCAGCAAUGACGUGGGCGAGGAGAGCUGCACCGUGGAGGUCACCAUGCAACACGUUAGAGACGUGGGGACGAUGGCCGGUGUAGUGGUGGGGACACUCAUGGGUAUCCUCAUUGUUACUUUAAUCAUUUGGCUCGUCUUUCGGAAAAAGGAGAAGAAGAAGUAUGAAGAGGAGGAGACUCCAAAUGAAAUCAGGGAGGACGCAGAGGCUCCUAAGGCUAAACUAGUGAAGCCCAACUCACUUUCCUCGUCGCGGUCCGGCAGCUCUCGCUCCGGUGCCUCGUCCACUCAGUCCAUGGUGCACAACAGUGUCCAGCGUGGUCACCGCCCCCGCCCUCCCGCUGUGGCUGCUCUGAAGGAGAAUGGACAACCCCCAGGCUUCCCUCAGUCACCUCCAGCCUACACUACAGUGGUCCCACCCAAGACCCCCGAGCCCCCCACCACACCCAAAUUCAACUCCAGGAACAUGUCCGCCCCUACGCCCCCCACCCUCAUGGUCCCAGCGCAAACCAAGGCCUUUCAGACUGUUUAAACAGGAAAGCGCCAGCACUCCUGCAGCCAAAAGACUCCCACCCCUGCUCUAUAGCGCCCUCCAAUGACUGAACUCUUCCAUAAUAAAUGCAACUAUAAAAGGAAGAUAUUACAACUAUAAAAUCAGAAAUACUUUUAAUUAAUGAAUGCAUAAAGAAUAUGACUUGCUUGACCCGUACUGAAUGACAUAGAACAAAAUAGAAGAAAUUCCAUCUCCAGAAUGCAUCGCUGUGUGUCUUGGCUGAAGGCUGAACUUAUUUCUGAGUUUCUUUUUUUGGCUUUGGGAGACACAGAGUACAAUGUUUAACAAGGUGGAAAGCCCCCCAGUAGAGCUUUAUUUAUUUAUUAAGGCGAAGGCUUAGAGGAAGGAAUGGAAAAUGAAUGCCCAGAAAAUAUUGUCAGACCAAAUUCAGAGGAUGCAGUUGAUUUGUCUACAAAACAAAUCAGCCUGCUCAAAAGAUAUCAUUUUUUAAGGAGGUUAAGAACUGCUAUUCAUUGCAGCGAGGACUGUAUGGAUAGUUAGUUUCUGAAAAAAAGUUGCAUAAUGAGCUGAAAAGGAUGUUCCCUAUUUUUCUCCAAAUGUCCUAUGCUGGUAGUAAGUAACAUUGGUGAAUAAUUAAUAGUAUUAGAUCUAUAGGUAGUCAAUACUUUAACUAUAGAUAAGCAUCUAUUAAACCCGCCUGGCGUUUAUUUCCAUUCUUUAUGUCUGUCCUGGAACGGGUGAGAAUCACUGACAGACUGCUGUGUGUGCAUUCAUUAAAUAUUGAGAUGCGGUACAAAUCUUUACAUGGGGUUUUAAUCACUGUGUUUUAUGUUUUCUGCUUCAUGUAUCUGAAGUACUACAUUGAAAACCAAAAUGAUGGUGAAUGUGUCGAGCUCAAAGAUGGUGGAUCCCUAUUCAUUUUAGAAUCAGGAGUCAAAAGCUGUGCAAUUUAGGGUACGCCCGGGAAGUCACAGGGUUUCGAGUGCCCCCUGUAAGUCACUGAUUUCAGUUUUACAAAAGGGUGAGGCGAGAUUUUACAACAAUCAUACAGGAUAUUCUGACUCCUGACUAGUAAGGUUCCAAUAUGUUUUCUGUCAAGACUCAAGAUUGCCUUUAAAUUGAACUGAAAAGUAAUUAUAAUGACUAAAAUUACAUAGGUCAGCAUCGAUUAAAACUACAACUGAAUUUUUCGUACUGAUAUUUUCGCCAAAUAAUGGAGUGGAGACUAUCAAACAUCCACUUUUCAAACCUAGAACCAAAAACCAGGUCAUAAACUCUACGUCCAAUACAUUAUUUAUUACUGUUAACUUACAAAAAUACAUUUACGUUAUCUAUUUAGUCUAUUCAAACGUGACAAAAUAAAAAUAAUUACUUGAGUAAAUCUUGACUACUAAAAUUUGGAUCAAAAGAAAAAGAAAAUCUAUAUUUUUUUGGGCAAAAUGAGUCAUGAUGUUACGCCUUUUUGAUACGUGAUAAAGGAUCAUUGUCAGGACUCUCUCCAAAGUAUUACUGGAUUCCUGUUUUUUGGUUGGUGUGGCUGUUCUAUCAGUGCUUUUGUUGCACCCUGAGUUCUGGUUUGAUUGAGGCUACAGCUGAAAACAGGGAAAGCUGCCUCUCUAUAGUGUGCCUUUGCAGUCCCCAUUUUGAUCAUUUCUCUUUCUUUGUCUUCAUCAACGCCGCGAGGGGUUGGGUCUCGGUUCAAGUCCAGCUUUAAGGGUCAUAUAUAGCUCGCAGUCUAAGCCUCCAGCCAAGGGAACGCCAAUUAUCCGCAGGGGAAAGCAAUCUAGUGCCAGACCUUAGUAGUAUAUAAACUGUACAUUGUGUAAUCAGACAUGUUUUAUAUUGUAAAUACAAAUAGAUAUAUACGCACAUGAUGUCAUAUGAAUAUAGGCGAAUGUAAGGGGAAUUAAGACAAACUCCUUACAAGAAGUCGAAAUCGGAAGUGCAAACCUCGACAUACACACUCGCAGGCCAUGUUAUUAGGUAUACGUGUUACAAUACAUCUUCAUCACGCUGUUAAAUGACACGCCUGCUAUUCUGUUCAUUAGGUUUAAGGCGUUUUGAAGAUCAAUGUCUGACAAUAGACAUAUGGUAAGAAGACAGCAGUAUCUGGAAUAAAGAGUCAUUGAACUAAAUAAAUAAAUGCAUUGAGUUGCUGUCACAUCGUCCACUGCUUUUAAAUCUCUGUACCUAAUCACAUGGCCUGAGUUUUUGACAUAAUCAUACACAAUUAUACAACAAUACAACACACAAUAACUUAAAUCGACAUAUCUUUGCAGUCACGUUCCAUUAAAGGAUGUAUGCGUUUUGUCGAGUCCAUUUUGAUUCUUUUGGCCUUUCCUCAGGAGACUGCAAUAGGUCAAAAAAAUCAUUUGGUCGUGUCACUGAUAAGUAACCUCGAUGAGUGCGUAGGACUUUUGUUUUUAAGGAUUAACUUGAGUUUCUUGAGCUCCAAAUCUAUCUCCUUGUACACAAUGCACCUCCUCUAUUUUCUCUCAGGAAAAAAAAAACAAUCCAUCGCUUUCAAAAUCCCGUCUCAUUUGAUGAAAUAAUUCGUAUUUUGCAUUAGUCAGAUCCGUUUUGUACCAAUCCAAGAACUCGAUUAGGUUUGACCAGGGAGUGUGCGUGUGUGCGUGUGUGUGCUUUAGAGUACAUGCAAGUGUACGUGGGAGAGUGAGCCUUUAGGCGACACCCACUCUUACGUCGGCCGUGCGGUGGUGGAGGAGAAUCCAGCCAGGCAACGUAACCUUUAUCCACGUUGAUAUGAUCGCAGACUACUAGCGUGCAUCUCAAUUUGCGCUCGUUUAAACCUAUUUUUUGAAACAGAGGUUAUCUCGUUGCCUGUUUUUCCUUUAAUCAAAGCGAGUCCAUAAUUCAUUUUUAUUGUCAGCACUGGAGGGCACUGCGGUCUUUUCUACUUCUUAACUACAACACAGCAGAUGUUGAUGUGCAAUUGAGAUUUACUUAUACAUGCACAUAUAGGCAGAAAUUCACAGGAUUUGAAAAACAGUCCUUGUUUAUUUUGAUUUUUUUUUUUAGUUCUUUACAAAUCAAUGUGAUGGAUUGAAUGUCUGCAGGUGUUACGGCUGAUGGAUGCAGUCAGGAAUCUCAAACGCAGCACUGAAAGGACACUAGCCAACUUUGCUUUAUACCUGGGGGACUUUAGCACACGAAACCAGACACACGUUGUAAAUAUAAAAACACAAAACCUGCUGUUUCUGACAUACAGCUAUGCAUAAUUAAAUUCAUGGGUAACAUUUGCUUCAAGACUGUUUUUAUUAUCGGAGCGAAGUGGGGAGGCGAAAUAACAGAUUGCUGCCGAGCCAGAGUAGCGUAGGCUCGUGCCGUUGAAAUUCCUCCACACGUGAAAAAGAAGUGGUGGAGGUGAAUGGGAUGUGAAGUCUUCCAGCUGUGAAAUUCCACUGAGAUUUGUUGCUUUUUUAUUUAAUUUACACAGUUUGCAAGAAGUCUCAGAUGGCAGAUUCGCCAUUUUUAUGAGUCCUGCAAUGCUCGAGUCCUAAAUGUGCAAAAUAUCGCCUAAAUAUAUUACUUAGAGUUGAUGUCAUUCAAAAGCAGGGAUCAGCACAUCUUACCUUGACUGUAUCCAUCCACACAGUAUAUUAUCGGCACUCACAUGUAGUCAGAAUAUACCCAUUUGCUGUCAUCUGCGUUUUAUGAUAGAGGUAUAAAUUACAUGUAGCCACACUUUAUGUUAAGAAUAUUUAUGUUCAUUUGGAAAUGUUGAGUGGGCGUGGGGAGAUUUUUGUAGAAUGUCAACACAUUUAGCGACUGAAAAAUGGUUUCGGUUCUGGAGAUCACAAAGGUAUCUGCAUGUCUUUAGUCGAGACCAAGCAGAGGAUUGGAAAUGCUUUGGUGUAUCAUAAGCUUCUGUUUAAGAAAAAAAAGAAAACAUAAAAAACUACAAUUGUAAAUAUAAUCACAGAAAGUUUUACAAAGCUUUAUUUUUGGUCUCAUAUUCAUGUACUUUGCACUUUUUGUGUGCUCUGCUCAUCGCCGGCCCGUUGUGUGGGACUUGGCGAUGCGCUGUAGUGUUGUGGAUGUCAGGGACAGCAAACACGAAAGGGAAAUGUAUCAGACACUUGUUUCAUUCAUGCUCAUCUACUUUUCUUCAGUGCUUUGGAUUCUCAGCUUGUUUGUUUGUUUGUCUGUUUGAGAAAUACAAUCCAUGUAAAUAUCACACAAGUAAAAAAUGUAUAUUUUUACGACUUCUGAGUUACUACUAUUUCAUUUGCAAAUAAAAUAUACAAUGACAACAU